AUGUCGAACGAUCCUAGUUCCUCCGAUCCAGUAAAUCUCCCGACAGUACCUCAACGCUCGGCAGCAAUCGUUAAUGCAGAUGGGCGUUGGGCACUUUAUCAUGAGACAAUAUACUCUCCAGAUAUCCCUGAAACAUCAUAUUAUGUGUUAGAACUUUUGACUGGUAUAACAACCAAGCUGCCAAAGUCAGCAGAGUCCGCACCUCCAGGCUCAACAUUAACAAAUUUCAUCUGGGCCGACGAAACUACCCUUCUUUGUCAAGCGCAGAUGAACCAUAAGACUUAUUUUUUCGCUCUCAAAGGCCCACACUUUGCACUGCACAUGGCCAGCGCAGGCUAUGUUGAUACAUUGACGACUAUCUUGAAGGCAGUACAUUACUCAGAGGGUUGGACUCAGAAGAUUUGCGUGGCAAUUGCAGUCUCAGGUAUUGGUGCUGGAACAACCUCAGCACACUCGAGUGUUAGUGAAGUCGAUGUUCCAGGAUAUUCCUCAAGGCCAGGUGGUCGAAUACUGCGGUGCCUUGUGUUCAGGCUUCAAAGGGAACCUCUGUCCAUCAAUAUUUUUUAUACGAGUGGUGAUCUUCUCGAGAAAUUUCACCUUAGAUAUGUUCCCUUUCCAACCCGGGUGUCAAUGGGACCAAGAAAUUUCGAUAUAUCUACAGCGGGACUAGCUCUUGUCGCUCAAACCGAAGAACAGUCUCAGGCUCAACAUGAUGGCAUAUCUGAUGUCUAA